AUGGAAAAAAAUACUGAAAAGGAUAUUGAGAAAAAAAUAAAUAAUAUUGAUAAUUCUAAUAAAAAAAAUAUUAUCUUUAUAAAAAAAAAAAAUUAUAACAAUAUUCAUAUAAAUGAUAUUCCUUGUAAUGAAGAAAAUUAUUUGGAAAAAAGGGAAUAUUAUAUCCAUGAAGAUAAUGAAAGCAUUACUACCGAAAAUGUAUGUAAAGAAAAAAAAAAAGUUAGCAUUUUAAAUGAAAAAGAAAAAGAAGUGAAUAAUUUAAAUGAAAAAGAAAAAGAAGUGAAUAAUUUAAAUGAAAAAGAAAAAGAAGUGAAUAAUUUAAAUGAAAAAGAAAAAGAAGUGAACAAUUUAAAUGAAAAAGAAAAAGAAGUGAAUAAUUUAAAUGAAAAAGAAAAAGAAGUGAAUAAUUUAAAUGAAAAUGAAAGAGAAAAAAAUGAAUCAAAUAAGAAAGGUAACUUAAAAGAUUACUAUGAAAAUUUACCAACUGUUGUAAUUGUAAUUGGAAUGGCUGGAAGUGGCAAAACAACAUAUGUUGGAUCUUUAUAUAAACACUUAAAAAUAGAAAAAAAGAAAAAGGUGUACACAAUGAACUUAGAUCCAGCUGUUAAAUAUUUACAAUAUCCUACAAAUAUAGAUAUAAGAGAUAGUAUAAAAUAUCACGAAAUAAUGAAGGAAUAUAAACUUGGCCCCAAUGGGGCUAUAAUGACAUGUUUAAAUUUAUUUGCUACUAGAUUUGAUAAAGUAAUUGAAAUAUUAGAAAAAAGAAAACAAAAACUACACUAUAUAAUUGUGGAUACCCCCGGACAAAUUGAAGUAUUUAAUUGGUCAGCUAGUGGUAAUAUUAUAUUAGAAACACUAUCAGUUAGUUUUCCAGUAGUGAUUAAUUAUGUUAUUGAUACCGUUAGAUGUGAAAGACCUAUUACAUUCAUGUCUAAUAUGCUUUAUGCUUGUAGCGUUUUGUAUAAAUCUAGACUACCAUUCUUGGCUUGUUUUAAUAAAAUUGAUGUCAUUAGACAUGAUAAAUGCAUUGAAUGGAUGAAAAAUUAUGAUAGUUUCAAUGAAGACGUUUUAAGUGAUGAAAGCUAUAUGUCAAGUUUUAGUAGAUCAUGUGCAUUAAUGAUUAAUGAAUUUUAUGAAGGCAUUAAAACAGUCGGUAUUUCAUCAAAAACAAAUGAAGGUUUUAAUACUAUAUUAAAAAAUUUAGAAUAUUUAAAGGAAGAAUAUAUAAGUGAUUAUGUACCAUCUAUAGAAAAACAAAUGAAAAGAAUUAAAAAAAAAAAGGAAAAAGAUAUCAAAUUGAAAAUGGAAUCUCUAUUAAUGGAAAAACAAAAAGAUUUAUCUAUAUCAAAAAAAUAA